AUGUGUUUUCCAGAUCUUAGGCUGAUUCUGACGCUAUUCACAGUAACCACGUUCUUUAUUGGUUCAAGCUGGUCUGAAACAAAUGCAUGUCGUCAAAAACAUUUUGAGAACAUCAUGAGUGGUAAGUCUGAGAAAGAAUUGACUUCGUAUUUACAUCAACAAAAGUAGUAUUCGCACGCUUUUUUUCAGAAGCCAUGAAAAUUUUGCGUUAAUUGCAGAUUGUUAAGAGACCGACAAAGAAGGUUGAGAGAUGAUAAGAGAUGGUAGUCAUGCAUUGUCAUAGAAGACAUUUAAUUAAACUUUAGUGAUUAUCAAACUGCAGUGUUCCAUUUAUAUUUUAACUUGAAUAGAAUACGUGAUAGUGUUUGGAAAGCAUUAAGAACAGGCGAACAGCUGACCAAACUCUCGUGCACUCAGUCGUUGACUGCGAUUGAUCUGGAUUUUAACUUUUAUAUAAGAAUGUCGUAAUAUUCGUUUGCCCCGUUCUCCCUUGUGUUCCAAAAUACAUUUAACAUAAAAAAUUAAGUCCUUCAACUGUUGCCUGUGAGGGAAACGUAAACAACGCAAGUUGCCUAUAUAUAUUAGUUUGAAUUUAUACUACAAGCUAUAGUCAGUUUUGAAUUAAUCUAGAGCUCGACUAUUGUUAUUUUCCACAGCUUCUCCGGCCUAUAGAUUUGUGACCUCACAUCCCACAAUUAAUACCUUGAGCUUGGACGCCAUUUUUUUAUUUAAUGCCGUUUCUCUUUGUGUCCUUUGAUUAAUAAAGCGUCAUCCCACAAGUCACAACACUAUAUAUACUUGCCUCGUAUAUAUAGCAUUUAGGGCAAAACUACAUAUUAAUUCAUAUAUUUCACAGGUAAGGAUGCCUUUCCAUGUGAAGGGUUCCAAUUCCACAUAACUAAGAAAUAAUUAUAAUUUCACAUGUGAAAUUAAUUUUCGAUCACACAUAAACAUACUGCUAUAUUUCAUGGCAGAUGAGUAACAAAAGUACAUGCAUGCAUGUAAAACUAAAAUUUCCCAUAUCUAAAACUAAUUCUGAAUUUCACAGUUUUCCGCGCUAGGGAAGAUAUGAAGUCUGAAAGUAUUUACUAUUAAUAUGAGAACUUUUUUAAUACAAUACAAUAGAAUACAAUGCUUACAGUAUAUACUGAACUCUGAAAACAGUAAGCAUUUUCAAAUGUGUUUUUUCGACCAAAUUUUGAUUAUCUUCAAUCAAAGAACUCUUAGUUCCGCGGACAUAUUAUUCUAGAAGCACGCAAUGUUUAUAGCGCGUAUAUUUACAUAUAAUUUCAACUUCUGCAUGUAGGCCUGCAUGUACUACUGCACAAAGACUUGGUUUGAAUUAACUUCCCCAGCAAUCUUUUCUCGACGAAUUUGCGGAAACUAAAUGAUAUACCGUGGCUACGUUACCGCUCUUUUACUUUUAUUGACUAUUGUACAAUCUGCAGACAGAUUUUAUUUCGAACGUUUUUUAAACGAAAAUGUGAAAUUAGCUAUAUCACUUUGAGUUUUAUAUAUAAUUAUUAAUGACAGUUAGCUAAUUGUUGAAAUUGAAACUGCUGCCGUAUUUGAUUUCGUUUGAAUUAAGCGAAGUUUUUGAUUGACGUAUUUAUAUCUUGCAUUCUAAAAUGAUGUGUUUAGACCGAUUUAUGGCCGGAGAAUAACGACAAUUACCUCUUUUAGCUAACGUUUAUAGUAUACCACAGUAUUUUAUUGUCUUCUCAGCGCAUGCAUGCAUGUAUGCAUGCAUUCUUAAAAAAAACUAUCUAUAUCACGGCAUGUCAGACACAUCAUGCAUAAAAUAUGUAAUUAUAGGAAUAGCCAUGCUAUUGCUAUUUACCUUUCAAAAGAAAAUAAAUUACUACAAUGCCUUGGAUAAACAUAGCUGAUCCGCAGUUCCGCCUUAUUAAAAUGCUGGAGAAUUUAAGAGCAUUUUAUUUAAAUUUAGACAGUGUUCAAAGACAGCCGGUUUAGUUUCUGGCUCCUCACCGUAAAAUUGAUGGAUGAAUUAUUACAUGAAUGCGCAUAUUUUUAUGAUAUAUCACGAAAGCCAAAAUGGCAAGCCGGAAUUAUUAAGACAACUAUAGCUCAAUCGUUCAUAAUUAAAUUUUUAAUUAAAAAAUGUCAAAGCCAUUUCAACUCAACUGCAGUUCGGCAUCGUUUUAUGUCACCCUGAUAAAAGGCACAAGUAUGUGAUAAAUAUAUUUAUAAUAUACCAUUUGUAAAUUCUAAACGCUGACUGGCUAAGAGCCUAUGUUGAUAUUAUGAUAAUUAUAAAAAACUCAAUGUCAAUACGGAAAAUUUCUUUCUUUAUAUACAGAUUCUUUGUCGGCUAUAUUGUGUUGAUUAACUGCAUAUAUCAAGUUAUUAUCAACUCGGAAAUUGUUUUAUAUGUGUUAAAUAUAUAUCAUUACAGGCCGGGAAAAUACGGUAGUGACAUCUUUGAAACAGACAUAUUUCCCAUAAAGACAUUUGCUUUGUUUCUUCGGCAUUAAUUCGUAUUAGAGAAACUCUAAUUCGACUGUAAUGCCAUUCUCGUCACCAGAGCCAUUUUCACUCGGUCACUCGUUGAAAAUUAGGCUCUGGGUUAGACGACUAAAGGGAGAGAUCUGAUUGGCUUCUCAGAGAACUGCUACUUCGCAGAAGUUAAACAGUUUUCGCUAGGCAAAAUAUUGCAUCAACAUAUGUCAACGCAAAUACUUCGUUUCUUCGUAAUACUUCACUUUGAAAAUUGUAACGGGUGCUAAAGCGUCCCAAUUCAAGAGUAUGCGCUUUAGAAACUACUGCAAGUUUCUUGGCCUUCCGGCGUUUCCGUGAGCUAGUCCCAGGGCCUAGGGAGGCGCGGUCGAGAGCGGGCCCUGGGGACGAGGAUGCUGUAAUGCACGUUAUUCAAAUUUAUACGAUUCUAAUUUUUAGGUGGAUCACCAUUACCGACCGCAAAUAUAAUAUCAAGCCAUAAUGUACCAUCAAUGGCGCGCUGUUUUAUGCGCUGUUUUCAAGAAUCACGUUGUGUCGGUUUCAACUAUCGAUGGAGUGGAGCGAAGGUUAACGAAACAAACUGCCAACUCAGCAACAAUACCAAAGGAAGAAUUGGGUUAGGAAAUGCAGAAGAUGGUGAAUGGAAUUUUUAUCAAGAUAUUGAGGUGGUAGUGUAUUACGACAUUUGUAAUUGAAGCAGAAGAUUAAUCAAUAUGAUAUAAAAUUUUAGACUUAACCAGAAGCAGUUGCUAAAAAUGCAACUGUAGGUCCUCCGCCGCAGGAAUUAAAGAACUGCAAAUUUUUCGAAAAGCUAUGAAAAAAAACAAAUAUUUUAUUGUUUAUCACAUUUUAUUGUUUAUCACUGCACACUUUCGCUAUAUGAUUGUACAAAUAGAUAUAAUUCCGGCUACAGACUUAAUUUUGAUCUAGGCAAGAAGAACAAAUUCGAUCACUACAGCUAGAAAGAGCAUGUUAAAAUUAGUACAAUUGCAAAGUUUGGCCGCGAAAUGUUGUGAAAAUGUGGAAAAUAUAGCCCUACGAAAUUUGCAAAUUUUGUAUUAAUUUGUAUUACGCGCGGGAAAAUGCACCACAAUUGCGCCGAAAGUGGUGCAAAUUCCCGCGCGUAAUACAAAUUAAUACAAAAUUGGAAAAUUUCGUACGGCUAUGUUUUCCGCAUUUUUACAACAUUUCGCGGCCAAACUUUGCAAUUUUACUAAUUUUAACAUGCUCUUAGCUGCUCUUUCUAGAUUUGGUGAUGGAUUUUGUUCAUCUUGCCUAGAUCAAAAUUUAGUCUCGCUGGAAUCAUCUAUUGGUUAUCACGCACCUUAUGUAAAUUAGUUUUUAAGCAGUAUCUUUUAACUUGCAGACAAUUAAAACAGGAAGAUUAGAUAAUGAAAAUGGAGACCAAACAUCAACAGGUAUUCAUUUCAAUAUAUUUUGAUUAUUAUAACUAAUUUAUUUGAACAAUUAUGUUGAUUUCAGUAGAGCGUCACUUCUCACAGCUUUGAUUAAUACAGCUUGGAUUAACCUAAUCAUUGUAUGUCCCCAUCUCCCCAGCAAAAUGUCUCUAAAGUAACUUGAGUCGGGGUCACCAGAGUACAAAAAUAACGAUCUUAUGUUUAGGACAACAACAUUCCAAUGACACGUGCACAGCAUUGCGACAGAAAAACAACAGUCUUCCCAGUGGGUUGUACUUUAUAUCUCCAGGAGACGUCGCUUUGUCGCCGUUUCAAGUCCAUUGUGACAUGGAAUCGAAGAAUGGGAUAGGAGUCAUCGUGAUUGGACACGAUAGCGAAUCAAGAACGAAAGUUGACAACUAUGAAGAUCCCGGAUCUUACAGCAGAAAAAUUCGAUACAAUACCACAAUGCAACAGAUUGUUGCCGUCAUCAAUCAAUCCAAAAAUUGCGAGCAGUUUAUCAAGUACGAAUGCUCGAACAGUCUCCUUUUACACAGUUCAUAUGGAUAUUGGAUUUCACGGCAAGACAGGAAAAUGAAUUACUGGGGUGGGGCCGCAGUGGACAGUGGGAAAUGCGCCUGUGGAAUGAACAAUACGUGUGUUGGGGGCGGGAAUUGUAAUUGUGAUGCGAAUGAGGAACGUCUCCGGGAAGAUAGCGGAUUUCUGACUGACAAGAAUACACUGCCUGUUGCUGAACUGAGGUUCGGGGAUACUGGUAUAACGGGGAGUGGAUAUGAUGAGUAUGGAUAUCACACUCUUGGAAAGUUGCUCUGUUGGGGAUAA